CUCUCUCUCUCCAGUAGGCAUGGAAAUAUCUGGGGUAUUUCCGUAGAACUGGAAGACGUAGUAGCCUUUGACAUAAUAAGAUACGUAUUCGUACGCCACUAGCAUUAGACCUUUUAAUAACAGUAGCCAGGUGCUAGAAGCUCAUUCUUUAUUAUUCGCGCUUUUUUCGUAAAAUAGUGACAAUGCAGAGAUGGGUUGGCCGUGUUGCACUUGUUACCGGAGCUUCAGUAGGUAUUGGUGCGGAAAUUUGUCGAGUAUUUGUAAAGCAUGGAAUGAAGGUUGUCGGAUGUGCUCGUGAUGUAGAUAAAAUUCGAUCCAUUUGUGAACAAGAAGAUAUAAAGUCAGCAAAGGGUUCUCUAAUGCCGAUCAAAUGUGACCUGACAAAAGAAAAUGAAAUCUUGAGUAUGUUUGAAGAGAUCAGAAAAACUUAUGGUUGUGUUGACUUGUGCAUUAACAAUGCUGGAAUUUCUGAAAUUAAUACUACCUUACUUGAGGGUGAUACAGACUCGUGGAGACGAAUGUUAGAGGUGAAUGUAAUCGGCCUCUGCAUCUGUACAAGAGAGAGUGUUAAGCUUAUGAGAGAAAAUAACAUCAAUGAUGGCCAGAUUAUCCAUAUUAGUAGCAUGUCUGCAUAUCGGAUUGCACCAGGAGGUUUUGCUUUUUAUUCGGGAACCAAGAGUAUGGUGAAAGCAUUAGCAGAAGGACUCCGAAAUGAAUUGCGAGCUGCUAAGAGUGGAAUACGUGUAGCUUGCAUCAGUCCAGGGAUGGUUGACACUGAAUUUCACAAACGUUUGUUCAAAGAUAAUCCUGAAGAAGCAAAACGUCGGGUUUCUCAGUUCACCUGUUUGAAAGCAGAAGACAUUGCUCGAGCAGUUGUUAACAUCCUUGAGAUGCAGCCACAUGUAGAUAUCAAUGACAUUUUAAUUCGUCCCACAGAACAACCUUUUUAAAUUCCUAACGUCGGGUUUCUCAGUUCACCUGUUUGAAAGCAGAAGACAUUGCUCGAGCAGUUGUGAAAAUCCUUGGGAUGCAGCCACACGAAGAUAUCAAUGACGUUUUAAAAUCGUCUCACGGAACAACCUUUUUAAAUUUUUAAUGUGACGAUUAAAAUAAUAUUGUGACAACUGCUUUCAUUUCUUUUUUUUUUCUACAUUUGAAUUCACACAAAGUCUAGUUCCUUAUAAGUAUAACAAAUAAUGAUUUCAUUGAAUAAAAUCCUUGUAUUAAAAAUA